GAAAAAAGAUACAGGCGCCUUUCAUCUCACUGCGUCUCGCGAGAUCGUAGGGUUUCAGUUUCAAGCUUGGCGGAGUCGGUGGCGGCGUCUCCUGGGGCAACAGCAAUGGCGGCUCCGUUGUUGCAGCGGCUCUUCUCCCUGGAGCUGGUCGUAGACUGGGUACGUCUUGAAGCCGGGAUAUUGCCGCCGCCCGUGACUGCGGAGGAGGAGACGGAGACAUCGCCGCCGCUUCCAUCGAGUUCUCUUUGCCCCGCGGUGGCCUUCCGCUUGCUAGACUUCCCCACGCUGCUGGUUUACCCUCCUGGCGGUCCCGCCUCUUCGGCCCCGGAGCACCGGCCCGGCGUAGUCAGCUUCGGUCGCGGCAAGUCCUGUCUCUUCCGCCUGCAGCCUGACGCCCUUCACCGCCUUCUCCUUCGGAUCCCGCUUUAUACGCUGCUCCUGCACCUGCCGCCUGGGCGUCCGACUCCCGCCCCACAGAUCCUGGGUAACUGCAGCAUCUCGCUAGCCGCCGCAGUCCAAAAGGUCCUGGGGCCGACCGAUUCCUGUUGCUCCCAGGGUCAUCGAGGGAGUUACCCCUUGCGUAACUUAAUGGGGGAGCGGAUUGGGGACAUUGCUCUGGGUUACCGCCUGACUGACCUGGGAAGCGGUUCUCUGGGUCUUGAGCAGCCUGUCACUUUCCCAAGAGGUGGCGUGGAAGGGUUAGAGGUACAGAAGGCACUGGAGGUUAAUUCCCAGACCUCGCAGGAAAAACAACUACACAAGCCAUCUUUAGAGGCAGGCCCAAGAGAUGCUGACAGGCAUCUGGUGGGUGUAAAAAUCCCAAAGAAACAGAAGAAUUUUAGGGAAAUCGUUUUUCAUAGUAAUGCCAAGUCUGACAACAUGGGUUCAGUGGGGGAUGACAAAACCAACUCUGUUGUUACUUGUUCAGAUGCUAGUAGCAGUAGUAGGGAUAUUACCCCCUUAAAUCAAGAAGUCACAGAGUUGAACAUUGAAACCAACACAUUUUGUCCUCCUCCUCUGUAUUACACUCAUCUCACCCCCAAGAAAGUACCUCCUGCACAGGGUAAAAUCACCUUAGUGCCUCAAAUGAGUGUGUCUGAGGAAUCAGAUAGUACUUUUCAGGAAGAAAAACUUGUAAAUUGCCCAACACGUGGGAGUAAUCUAAAACAUAGGAAUUCUGUAAUACAUGAGAGUCCUUCAAUACUUAUGAAUCCUCCAACAAAUAUUGAGGAUAUAGGAGCAAGUAAUCAAACUACCUGUAACCCACAAAAUGAACAAAACAGAAUUAAUACUAUAAGGCAGCUGCCUUUGUUGAAUGCUUUGUUGAUUGAGUUGUCCUUGUUAUAUAACCAACCCAUGGCAAGCCCUACUCAUAUACAUCCUCAUUUAGCCUGGUUGUAUAGAACUGAGGAUAAAAAGGCACCAGAAUCAACGGCUGAAUCUACUUGUAAAUCAGAAUCCAAGAAGGAUAAGCUUUCUAUGGGGGGAAAUGAAAAGUCAGUGAGCCUUCAGUGUGAAAAGAACCAAGCUGAAAAUCCCAGAAAAGAUAAAUAUUUUGAAAAGAACAGUGGCAGCUCCCAGAAAAGAGUUCCGAGGGGGAGGCUACUUUAUGGCUUAACAAAUACAUUAAAAUUGCGUUUAAAGCAAACAAAUCCUGCUAUGUUGGUAGUACAUGAAAAGAGGGAACAGUAUAGAAAAAUGCAAGCUCAAAUGUUGGGUACAAAACUCAGAAUUCCGUCAUCCAAAGUUAAAGUAUUUAGCUUUGCAAAACAACAUCAGAAGCUGUGCCGGCUGCCUGAAGAUAAGUCUUUAGAUUCAGGUGCAUCUUUUGCUGAAAACAGUGAUAUUUCAAGACAUAUUACUGGGGUUUUUGAUGACCCUGGCACAACUAAAUUGAAAUGUGCAACUGAAAAAAAGACAGUUGAUUAUGGUGAAAAUAGAACCAAUAAUGGUUCACUGGAAGAAAUUAUGAGUCCUGCAAAAUCCAUUGUCCCAGAAGGGGUUACUCAUACAAAUAUUUUGGAAGGAAAAGUGGAAACAAAAAUCCAAAGUCCAUGUGUUUUCCAACAGGAUGUAGUUGUUGACAGAAUUGUAGAUAAAGAAAUAGAUGAUGCGCAGGUUAAAACUACAGGUGAUGACAUUCUUAUUGCUGAUAUAAGUGAAAAUAAAGUAAGUAAAAACAGUAGCUCUGAAAGCAUCUGGGAGCCAAGCUAUUCAGAUGAUUUCACCAGCCCUUGUUAUUCUGAAGAUUUCUGUACCACUGAGGAUAACAGCAGAAGUUUACAGGCUUGCAAUAGCAGUCCAGGGAUAAGAAAUCCAAAGCGUAGUCAAAAUAUAAGUAAGUCUAGUGAAUUUAGAUCAUUCAUAAGGAAAAAUAGCAGUGAAAAAAGUUCUAUUCUUAGCCCACCUUUUUCAGCUGGAUCACCCGUGCACUCAUAUAAAAGAUCUCACAUUUCAAAGACUCAGGGUAAAAGUUUGGAAGAAACAUCCAUUACCUCCACCAGCGAUUUAUCGUCAUCAUAUUGGUCUCAGGAAAAAGAAAAACAGAUGGACCAAAAUAGUAUGCUUAAUUCUAAAGUUAUAAAGAGGAGUCAAGACAUCUCUAUUAAACUUAAAACAAGAACUGAUUGCAGGUCUUUAGAAAAAAGUCAGUCACCACGGACAUCACAAGUGAGUUCUUAUCUGCCAUCUAAUUUGUCAGAACUAGAACUUAAUGCCCUGGAUAGCAGUACAUCAGAUCGAUUUGAAGAGGACAAAAGUGAAGUUGGUUCACUAAAUAUUUCCAAGCAAUGCAAAGAUAUUUGUGAAUUAGUAAUAAACAAGCUUCCAGGAUAUACAGUGUAAAAAUAUGUGCUUUUAGAAACAUUUUAUUUUUUUUUACAAUCUGUAGGUAUUAGUUAAAGUAACUUUUUAUAGGGUUUUAAUGCAUAAAUUUUGUGAAUAAUUCUUUUCAAGAUAUGUAAAUGUUUUGCCAUUCUUUUGAUGUUUGAAGAGUAUUCUAGCAAUAAAUCGGACAAUAUUGAUCAUGAAAUCACUUUAUAACCUAGGGAAAAUAUCUUUUUAAAUUGUCUAAUCUUAUAAGAAUAAAAGUAUCUUCCUAGUAUCUAUCUUAUAAUCUGUCUUAAUGUACCUACCCUAAUAUAUCUAUCUUCCUAAAACUGGCUUCAUUCAUGGGAUUGGAUUGAAAGAAGGCAGCUAGUUAAUAAAGACAGUUUCAGAUUUCAAUGUGAAUAAAUCAUUUAACAAAUACAGAGAUGCACUGUGUGAGCUGCAAAAGAGUACAAAAAUAUUUAAGAUACAUCCCCUGCUGUUAUAAGAGUUUAUAGUUUAUAUCAGUACUGAUUCAUUAGGGGAAGUCUUCCUUGACACAAACACAUCCCAUAUCCCCAAUAGGUGAAGUACUUGUUAUGUGUUAUCAUACAGCUUUAUAUCUUUCUUACCACAAUUUGUAUGAUAAUUGAUUAGUUUAUCUCCCUCUAGACUUAAGUUCUGAAAUAGAAGGGACCAUAUCUGUUAAUAUCUGUGCAAUAAAAAUAUUUGUUGAAUAAGUGAAUGAUGGCCAGGCAUUUAAAAUACCUAAUGGGAGGGAAUAUAAUUAAGCAGUAAAAACAAGCAAAAGCCCUAAAAAUAAAAAUUCUUAUUGGAGACAUGUUUAUUUGACUGUAAUAUAUUUUAUUUUGCUGGGUGUAAACAGCCUUCAGGUAUUCUCUGAAGUAGCUGGAGAGAGGAACUAAAAAGAAGGUGUCAUCCCAUACAGUUUCUUGCAUAGGAAUUCAGCUUACUAUUUGUCAUUUCAGAUUCUUCAAUAGUUAUUUUUUUUAAUGUAUGAGGGUUUAAAACAUGAUAUCUAAUUUCUUUCAUUGCUUUUAUACUGAGACAUGCUGAGUUCAAAUAUUUAUAUUUUCUUUUAGCUGUGUUAUACUUUAAUUUUUUACUCUUAAUUUUUUGAAAUCUCUGGAAUAUAUUUGGAUGUAUGAAGUGAGACCCUAAUUUUCCUUUAUUUACAAGUAACUAAAUAAUACAGGCAUAUUUUGAAUGAUCAGAGUAGGAUUAGAUCUAUCCUAUUCUGGUAAAGAGAAAGGAGGAUGUAUUUGUGGGGACAAUAUGAAGAAAAAGAAUGUUGAUGGUAAUGGCCAUGAUAUAUUCAUGGGAUGUGAGAAUAUUAUCUUAAUUAGGAUGGUUGGUUCAUGCUGGAGUGUAGUAGAAAUUUGUUGACUAAGGAAGGUCCCAAAUGUAAAGAGCUUUGAAUGCCUGGCAGAUAAUAAAGUUCUAACCAAUAGGAACAGUGGAAUAUUUUAAAUUAUAAAUGAACACCAGUAAGUAGUCAUUGUGAUAUUUUAAAUAUUUUAACUUGUCAGGAAUAAUUUCUUAAAGGUACAGAAGUUAUGCCAGUAAAACAGUUUUGAAAUGUUAUUUUUUUUCCCCAAUGGCUGGCUGCGACCUUAAUUUUUCUGUAACAUAGUAUAUCAUCUCUCAAAAUCAAAAUAAGUUAAUGCCCUAGAUAUACAAAUGACAUUGACUUAGUCUAUAAAUUAUUUAGUAGCAAUUUUUCAUUACUAUGGAAGAGCCAAAAAAUAUAAGCAAUAAUAUCAGAAAUCAGAGAAAUGAUUACCUCGAACCAACUGUUUUAUUUAUUGCGUGUACUGUGUCAUUGUCUGUGAUGAGGGACAUUGAUGAUGAGGGACAUUGAAUAGAUGAGGGAAAUGAUGAAUUCAGUGUGUCUUUAAGACACAACAAAAACUAAAGAACUAUGUGUUUUAAAUUACAAAACUGAAUAAUUGAGUGAGCUUUUCUUUCAGUUAUUACAUGAAUACUUAUUUCUGGAAUUCCAGUGUCGGUUUUCCUAGCUUAUUAUUACAUUUGUGCAUUUAGUACUUCCCUUUGCAUUCUGUAUUCAAAUUUUA